UCAUGCCAACUCCGCAAAGUCUUUUCCUUUUGCCAAUCUAUCUUUCGCCUACUUUCUUAUUCUUUCUAUCGAUUUUUCCCACUUACGCAACCUCUCGCUGCGCCAGUGUGGAUCAAGAAUCAGCUUAAAAAUCGAAUCUUUUGUAGUUUUGGGCACCUAAUGCCUCAUCUCUCGUCGGUAGGAGUAUAUUUCAAUUCGUUUUUUGGAGUUUAGAGCCUAGCAGCUCCCGUGAUCGGCCGCAUUGCUUGCGUGGUGGCAUCGUCAGCUCUGGGUUCUUGGGCGCUGCUUUGGAGGCACCUGCAACUGCAAGAGUGGUUUGUUUGGCGAGAGUAAUGGUGAACAACGGUGAGCAGGCGGUGGUGAUCGCCGCCGCGGCGGAUCCUAGCGCGGAGCCGGCCCGCCACGUUGGCGGCGGCGGCGGCGGGACGGGGCUUGCGGAGGAGAGCUCGGAUGAGGAUAAGGGGAGCCAGCGCUUCUCCGACGCGGAGGAGCACUCAUGGCGCUCGCACUCGCGUCAGGACUCCGCCGCCCUGGAGGACUUCAUCUCGACGUGCGCGUCCGUCCGCUCCGGCGCCGGGGACGCGGAGGGGGCCGGCAGGAAGUCGUGCGUGUCGGAGUGCUCUCUGGACGACGUGGACCUUGAGGCCGGGCUGGCCGAGAUCACCAAGGGCAGCCCGGACACAGUCGAGAGGAAUUGCCGCAUCUGCCACCUCGGGCUCGAGAGCGCCGCCGCCGAGUCCGGCUCCGGCAUGUCUCUCGGCUGCUCCUGCAAGGAUGAUCUCUCCUGCGCGCACAAGCAGUGCGCUGAGACUUGGUUCAAGAUCAGGGGAAACAGGAUCUGCGAGAUCUGUGGCUCAACUGCAUGCAAUGUGGUAGGUCUUGGUGAUGCCGAGUUCAUUGAGCAGUGGAAUGAAUCAAGCAACACUGCAGCUUCACAAGCGCCUUCCAGUGAACCCCGCAGAUUUUGGCAAGGCCACCGGUUUCUCAACUUCCUUCUUGCUUGCAUGGUGUUUGCUUUUGUUAUAUCUUGGCUCUUUCACUUCAAUGUCCCUGGCUGAGCUUUCGAAAAGAUUUCCGUAAUAAAAUCUUGAAAGCCAUUGUUAGAAAUACUGGCCAGCAUCAGGAAAUCAAAAAGGAUGCUGAGCUGUACCGAAAAUUUGAAGGGGGCGUUGGAUAACAGGAAGGUUGAUGUUAAUUUCGUAGAAAGUUUAUGGUAACAUCCAGGAAAGAAGGGCAGGUCAUAGUAUGAAGAUUUGAUCAUGGUGAGCAAAUGUGAAUUGUGAUUGAUCAUCGGAUCAUCGGUGGUUGAAUUGAAAGCAGAGAAAAGAAAGAUUCCAUGCUUCGUUAACAUUAGCAUGGUUGCAACAAGUUCUGUUAUGUGCAUUUUAAUGUUUUUCCUUUUUUACAUUUUUAUUGCAAUUCAGAUAUAUAGGUGGACUAUCAAGUUUUCUUGGAAUACAGAAAUUCAAAUGAAUAUUGUGGGCAGCACAGUAAUUCCUGUGGAUUGUGGAAUACGAACUGCGUCAUGUUUACAAGAGCUACUUAACGGAUUUGGUUUCUCCAAAAAGAAAUACACUGUGAGAGUGAGCCCAGCAGAAAUCAGCUCGAAGAUUUUUGGGUGGGCCGAAGAUUUUGCUUGUUUAAAUGACCAAGAUUUGUGUUGGAGUGACCGCAGGACGUUCUUUGGGGUGCACAGAGUAACAUGCAAGUCGCAGGAAUUCUGGGAUGAGGACGUAAUCAGCCAGUCGAGCAACAUUCAGGAAUGAGCAAUCAAACUGAACGGAGAAGGCUGUAAACGUAGAAAAAAUAAUUGCUAUUUCCAACCGAUACUGAAUUUUGUGAAACUGCUAAAAAGAAAU